GUUGUUCCGACAGCCACGGAGCGAGCAAGUGCCCUGGCCGAAAACUCUCACGUUGCAACUUUGUGUGUGUGCGAGAAGUAAAGUGUGUGUGUGUGCGCGCGUGAGAGAGUGUUGACCCUCCGAAAGAAGAUGGCAGACUACCGGGAAGACACCGGAGCUCGAGCCCUGCUUGCUUUACAGUCGGCACCAUGCAGUCCCGUGCGCGUCGCGGUGACCUCGCACGCCUAUCACCAGCCCUCGCUCGCCCUCUUGGGUCCAUCGAUGAUGGAAGCUCGCGCCGACGCCGGGCUGUUCCCCGUGCGCCUCGCGUGUCCUCCUGCGCAGGCCUUGGCUCGACUCGAGGGCCGGGACUUUGAGUUUGUGAUGCGCCAGAGGACGGUCACCAUAGGCCGGAACUCGUCUCACGGCUCCGUGGACAUCAACAUGGGCCACUCGAGCUUCAUCUCCAGGCGACACCUGCAGAUCACCUACGACGAGACGAACGGGUUCUCCCUCCGGUGUCUGGGGAAGAACGGCGUGUUCGUGGACGGGGUCUUCCAGCGGAGAGGCGCGCCGCCGCUGUCGCUGCCCAGAGAGUGUGUGUUUCGUUUUCCCAGUACAGUAAUCAAGAUCCAGUUUAUGACACUGCUGCCGCCGGAGGAGCACAGAGAGCGGGAGCUGCCCUCGCUCCCCCCUCGCCCCCUUCUGCCCCACAUCUCCCCCCUCAAAAUAAGCAUUCCCACAAUGCAGCAGCAUGAAGAGCACAUCAGGGCAUUUGGCUCGCCGAUGCCCUCGCCCACAGGCACCCUCAGCGUUCCCAACUCCUGCCCGGUUAGCCCACGAGGUGCAGGAUCAUCAGGGUAUCGCUACGGACGCAACGUGACCCCUGACCUCCAGCUGGCAGCUGAAUAUGCCGCCACGGCUGUUUCUGAGCAGAGGCGGAGCAUUGUGGAGCAGCGGGGUGGGGGGAGCGAGCAGCGGGAGGGGUCGGCCGGUGGAGACAGCCCCAAGGAUGAGUCCAAGCCUCCUUAUUCCUACGCACAGCUGAUCGUGCAGGCCAUCUCUUCUGCCCCGGACAAACAGCUGACUCUCUCUGGCAUCUACGCCCACAUCACCAAGCACUACCCCUACUACCGCACUGCAGACAAGGGCUGGCAGAACUCGAUAAGACACAACCUGUCGCUCAACCGCUACUUCCUCAAAGUGGCCCGCUCUCAGGACGAGCCCGGCAAAGGGAGCUUCUGGCGCGUGGAUUCUGCGUCCGAGAGCAAGUUGGUGGAGCAGGCCUUCAGGAAAAGGAGGCAAAGGGGCGUGGCUUGCUUUCGGACGCCGUUCGGCCCGCUCUCCUCUAGGAGUGCUCCCGCCUCCCCGACCCACCAGGGACUCCUCUCCCCCCCGUCCAGCGGGCUGCAGACCCCCGAGUGUCUGAGCAGGGACGGCUCUCCCAUCUCCCACGCCCACCACGAACAGCUGGCUCACAAACUGGCCUCUGUACCCGAGUAUAGGUAUUCUCAGAGUGCCCCAGGAUCUCCAACCAGCGGGCAGCACGUCAUCGUGGCUGCUCCCGCUCACCCGACGGUCCAGGGGAAAGCCCUCGCCUUCGUUCCAAGCGGCGGCGGCGGCGGCUUGAUCCAGCCCAUCCACAUGCUGCAGGGUGCCGCUCAGUCCUCCAUCACCAUGGUGCGGGUGGUCACCGGCGUGCCGCCAGCUUCCAACCCUCCGAAUGGGUACAGCGCUCCCUCUAUGGGAGGAACAGAGGGCAACACCGAGCUCAGAGACGCCCAGCUGAACCGGGAGCGAGUGAUCCAGACGGUGGACAGCGCCGUGCAGGGCGGGGAUGGGCGACACCUGGCCCUGGGUUUACAUCAACUUCCUGUUCCUCCUGUUACUCAGAAUGGAAAACACACCGCUGCUGCUGUUGCCACAGCAACCAGUCUUGCCAAUGCAUCUGGCCUGACGAGUCCUCUCCAGAUCCUGGCUGCCCAGGCCUCCAGCUCCCCCCCCGUGCUGCUGAGCAGACAGCCCAGUGCAGAGACGUUAGCCGAGCAGCCGGGGGAGCCCCAGGCCAAGCGGACAAAGAUGGAGGCCGAAGGCGGGACUGAAUCCGUGCUGCAUCACGCCGCGCCCUCUCAGCAGCCCGUCAUCGUCGCCAUGACGUCACAAACCCACGACCCCAGGAAGUAAAAACCCCCGGGCCUCUCAGCAGGUACCCGACGGACAGCCUCCUCACGGCCCCCUAACUGCUUUGCCUUUUCUACUCGUUUGAUACGACUGCAGCCGACCACGGCCGAGAAAUAAAAGUGUCCGCGCGGCCUCUCUCGACAGAAGGGAAUUCAACAAUUGUAAGGAACAUAUUUGUUGGGGGUCAAAAAUAUAUAUUAAAACUUUUCAAAUACAUUCUGUAUUCAAAGCAAGUAAAUCUUUCAGGACUUUUUUUCCAGCGUUAGUCUUUAAAAAAAAUGUAAUCCAUUACUCACUGACGACACAAGUAAGGAUAUUAAGCUUCUAAGAGCAUUAUGCAUAUUACAAUCAUUUCAGCACUACUUUUACGAUGUGAAUGUGGGAUACUAUCUCAGAUACAACCUUAUUGGAUGAGAUGCAUCAGUUACUGUCACUCCCAGGCCAAAGAACUCCUGCACUUGUUAUUAGUCGUUGCCUGAAUUAAAACCAGGGAAUGCGUGUUCAGAGAUUUUAAAUGGCCGGUAUUUAUACAAUAAACUGUGACGAUCGGAGUUUGAUAUAUUGUGUGACUUCACACGAUAGAGGACUUUGCUGCGUGUACGCAGACCACUGAUGGGGCGUGGGAGACUGUUAAGAAUAUGAUUGUACUCUUCAUAAGGCCACUUUUACUGAAAAGGUCUCAUAGAAAAUAUAUUAAUAUUAAAGUCCAUAAUGUGAGGUGGCUUUCCUUCUUUCCUUCUCUGUGGAGCACAAACGGAAAGAAAUGGGUUUUGCCGUUUUUGGAAGAAUAGAUGGGAGGAAAUCCAGGAACAACAAACGAGGACUUUGCAGUCGUUCGGUUCGUCGGUGAAGAUCCUCGGACCCGAGGCGAACCGGGGGAUCGGACCGCAGGGAAGGGUUUAAUAAAAUGGGGGGGAAAAGAGGCAACUAUUUGGAGUUGAUUGAAGUGGAGCUAACCUAAUGUAGACAAACUGAUUGUUUUAAUUUUGUUCUUGUUUCAGUAGUGGUAAAAAAAGGAGAAAUGAAACAGUUUUGUGUUGUCACAGAAAAAAACAGUCAUAAUCUUUAAAGCCUUAAAUAUUUCUACAUUUUGUUCGUCUUUUUAUUAAAACCUUUUUUUAGAAAGCUUUACCUUCUCUUUUUUUUUUUAUAGUUAACGCAGCGCUUCUUUAACAGAACGUGACCGGCGCCACGACAGCGUGACGGUUAUGUUGCAUCAGUUCAAUCAGGGGAAGGAGGGCGGGACCAACACAUGACCACAGAUUUCAACAGCUCUCGUCUUAAUUUCUUUCUGUUUACGGUACUUCUGACAUAUUUUCUACGGGACACGUGCUUUUCCAUUUCUCUAAAAUACAUUCACCUUUCUCCCGAUCUACCUCUCCCCGUGAGCCGUUUCUCUCUUUGCCGUCUCUACCGAGGCAUCCAGCUUUUAGCAAUUCCUGUCACAGACGCUGCCCUUCAUUAGAUAUUCUUCAGCACUUCCCCCCCCCCACUCUCUAAUCUUUCAUUCUCACUCUGCCUUUAGCUUUUCUGAAUGUCCUUGCACAGGCCUCACUUUUUUUUUAGCUCGCGAUCAGGCCCUUUGCGAAAGAUUUCAGUGAUUGUUGUUGCACACUAGAAAAAAAGAUGCGUAAUGAUUGUAUGCUGAUCUUUCUGCUAAAUGACUAAGCUAUUUAGGUGUUUUUUCUGAUUUUUGGAGAAAAGAAAAAAUAUUUUGCUAUGCGUAAAAAAACCCUGGCUAUCGUCAAUACGUAAACAUUCUGGAAAUAGAGAAGUAUAUGUAUUUUUAAAUGUUUUUUUGGUGAUUUGUUAAAAUGUGUAGCACAAAUUAAAAUUCCUCAUUGACUUAUGGA